AUGAGUAAUCAAAAUGCAAAUAUCACUAUAAGCAAUGAUGACACACAACAUGAAGAAGAUACGCAACCUGGUGGAAAUCUUAAUUCGAUAACUAACACAGAUGAAUAUGCUAUUGACGAAAACAAUGAUAAUAUGGGUCCCGAAGAAAAAGGAAUCCGAUAUCGGAAAAGCAACGAAUCACAAAGAGAAAUCAAUGACGAUGCGUAUGGAUUUAAAGUUAAACAUAAAAAAGAUCACAACGACAGUGUCGGUGCUUAUUUAAUAUCUGAAUUCAGUGGUCUUAAGGCACAAAGCGAAGUCAAACACGAUGGAACAGAGAAGUUACCUAAACAUAAAGAAAUUGAUAUGACAGGAUUCAUUCAUAAAUAUAUCGAUGAAAGAAAAAGGGAAGAAGGAAACAAACCAUACGUUUUUUUUAAAGAUGUCGUAUGGGUUCAGUUUAUGGGAAGUGAAACUAUGCCAGAAAACAAAGUUCUCAUGACCUACGAACCAGAAACACUGAUAUCAGAGAAGGAUUGA